GUCGCAAAAAAUAUAAGAUUCAUGGAUUCCCUGGUGAAAAUUCCAUGUUUUAUUAUUAUUUGAGAGCAAAACCAGUUCUAGUUUUGUGAUUUCAAUGGAAGAAGAAGACGAUGCGAUCCCUGAGAAAUACUCACUUGGAAUCCGGCACGUCAAGAAACGAGCCCUAAAAAACAAGGCUCUUACCAUAGCCUUCAACGACAAAGAUUUAAGGGAUUAUGUGACUGGUUUCCACAAGAGAAAGAAAAAAAGGCGAAAAAUUGCGGAACAACAGAAUCAAGAGAAAGAAAGACUCCGGCGAAUCGAACAGCGGCAAAAGAGGAAAUUAGAAAGAGAAUCAGCUUUAAAUGGUGGACCUGGAGCUGUGGAAAAUCCGGUUUCCAGCUCAGGUGCUUGUCGUAGUGACUCUGAAGAGGACGGUGACCAUGCUCCAAUAUCUGAAACAACUACAUAUGACAAUGAAGAUAUGAUUAUUACUGUGAGAACAAGUGAAAUAAUUCCUGAAGACAAUGUGAUCAAGGCACCACAACCUGCUACAUUGAUAGACACCAAAGCAGAUAAGAAACACCAUAUCCCUGUGAAAAAGAAACCAUUCAAGAGUGGUAAGAAACCAUUCAAACCAAGUAAGAAACCUAAGAAGAGGGGAGCAAAACAAGGAGGGAAGAGGAAAGGAAGAAACAAAGGAUGACUUCACUUUAGCUUGUGUUGACAUUGGUGCGCUCUCUCUCUCUUUCCUCUGCAUGAAAAUGUUAUUACAUGCUUUGAGUAGAGGUGUACGCUGACUUUUUGCCACUUUGAACAUCAGUUUUUUUGUUUUUUACAUAUUAAAAGGCGAUGAAAAUCAACCUACCUCGACGACGCGGUGUUUUGAUGUAUGCAAUUAUUGUGAAAAAGGAUUGAACUUUGCAAUAUAUGCAAGCUAUAAAAUCGGUGGUAUCAUCAAGUGAAUUGCCCCUU